AUGGAAAUUGCGAAAGAUGUGGAGCCAAACACGAGUGAAUUGGACAACGUGGAAUUGGAUCCCUUGGAAGCAGAAGAUGUGGAUACGGAAGCAGAGGCCGUGGAAAAUGUGGAUGUGAAAAGUGCGAAAUUGGAAACGGCGGUAUUGGAAUCAUCGGUAUUGCAAAUGGCCGACAACCAAACCAAUAAACAACAUUCGCAUAUCGACAGCGAAAUCCAAGAAAUACACAAUUCAGACGGUGAUAGCUCAAUUUCUGAUGACGCGUUUAGUAAUCAACAUGAUACCACACCAUUUCCCGAAAACAACGCAGUUGCAAUAAUCUCGAAUCCGAGGCUCGACAGGUGGCGCCUGCCAUCAAUCAACCAGAAAAAUUGCCAUCGCAAAAUGCUACCGGACGCCCGCAAAGAAAUCGAAGACUACCAAUACGUUACAGAAAUUAGAGGCCCUUACUAA